UGCGCCUGGUCCUUUGCACGGUGGAGACCCCAGCGUCCGAGAUAUGCGAUGGAGAAGGGAGGAAAAACCUCUUUCUGCAACUUCAUGGAGACCUUGUCAGGCGGCUGGAGCCCACAGAAAAACCCCUUCAGAUUGUGUAUGACUACUUGGCUGGGUUGGGUUUUGAUGAUCCUGUCAGAAUGCAGGAAGAGGCAGCAAACUCUGAUCUCAGCUGUAUGAUUCGCUUUUACAGUGAAAAGCCAUGUCAAGUGGAACAGUUAGAUCGUAUCCUGCUCUCUGGAGUAUAUAAUGUACGCAAAGGGAAAACGCAGUUGCACAAGUGGGCAGAGCGCUUGGUAAUCCUCUGUGGUACGUGCCUCGUUGUGUCCUCUCUGAAAGACAGCCACGCUGGGAAGAUGCACAUCUUGCCUCUGGUUGGAGGAAAGGUGGAAGAGAUGAAGCGCCGGCAGUACACACUGGCUUUCACAUCUGCUGGAGCACAGGCUCAAACGUACCAUGUUUCCUUUGAGACGCUGGCAGAGUACCAGCGGUGGCACCGGCAGGCAUCCACGGUUGUGUCUAUGCGACUUAGCAUGGUUGAUCUUUCAUGCUACAGCCUUGAGGAAGUACCUGAGCACCUCUUCUACAGUCAAGACAUCAUCUACCUCAACCUACGACACAAUUUUAUGAGAUCAAGUGGAGCAGGGAGUCUUGACUCCCUUUGCAGGUUUUCUCAGUUGAAGAGCCUCAACCUGUCUCAUAAUAGAUUGGGAGAGUUUCCUGUGUCAUUGUGCGAGAUCUCUACUCUGACAGAGCUUAAUAUUUCCUGUAAUGGACUUUGUUCCUUGCCGAGCCAGAUUGGCAAACUGUUGAAUCUCCAGACCUUAUGGCUUGAUGGGAAUUUCCUCACAUCCUUACCAGAAGAAAUGGGAAGUCUGCAACAGCUCAGCUGUCUUGGACUUUCCUUCAAUAACUUCUGUGAACUUCCAGCAAUUUGUGAGAAGCUCAUCCUCGUAGACAAACUGGCCCUGGCAGGGAAUGUGCUAGAGACCCUGGACCUGGCAGUGCUGAACCAUAUGAGUCACAUCAAAAAUGUGGACCUGAGGCUGAACAACCUGAAGAGAGCGGCAGCUGACGCUCUGGAGGGGAACAAAUCUGUGACUUACAUGGAUUUACGAGACAAUCAGAUGACAGAUCUGGACCUGAGCUCCUUGGGCAGCCUGGAGCAGCUGCACUGCGAGCGGAAUAAGCUGAAAGAGUUGACGCUGAGUGGCUUCUCCCUUCGGGCCCUUUAUGCCAACAGCAACUGUCUGACAGCUGUCAAUAUUUAUCCAGUUCCUGGUCAACUGACUUGUCUAGAACUCUCCCACAAUCAACUGCAGUGUGUCCCAGACUGGGCCUGUGAAGCAAAGAAAUUGGAAGUUUUGGAUGUGAGCCACAACCUCCUUGUGGAGCUUCCAUCGAGGAUCCUCAGCAGCUUGAGCCUUCGGAAGUUGAUGGUGGGGCACAAUCGGCUGCAGAGACUUCCGCCUCUUGUAGAACACAUUCCACUGGAAGUGCUGGACAUUCAGCACAACCUGUUGACUAAACUCCCAGAGACACUCUUUGUCAAGGCUCUGAACCUCAGGUACCUGAAUGCAUCUGCAAACAGCCUGGAGUCCUUGCCAUCUGCAUGUACAGGGGAGGAGAGUCUAAGCAUGCUGCAGUUGCUUUACUUGACCAAUAAUAACCUCACAGAUCAGUGCAUCCCUGUGUUGGUGGGACACCCGAGACUACGGAUCCUGCAUCUGGCAAACAACCACCUACAGACUUUCCCUGCAAGCAAACUUAGUAAGCUGGAGCACUUGGAAGAGCUGAACCUGAGUGGUAACAAACUGAAAACAAUUCCCACAACAGUGGCAAACUGCAAGCUGCUUCACACACUUAUUGCACACUCUAAUGAAAUCAGCAUCUUUCCAGAGAUCCUGCAUUUGCCCCGUAUUCAGUUUGUGGACUUGAGCUGCAACGAGUUAACUGAAAUCCUGAUCCCUGAGGCACUGCCAGGUGCCUUGCAAGAGUUGGACCUGAGUGGAAACACAAACCUGGUGCUGGAACACAAGACACUGGAUGUCUUCAGUCACAUUACCACUCUGAAGAUUGAUGCUAAGCCCUCCCUCACAGCAGACUCAGCACUCAGUUCUACCUUCUGGAGUCAUGGAGUAGCUGAGAUGGCAGGCCAAAGAAAUAAGCUGUGUGUGUCAUCCCUGGCUCUGGGGAGCUUUGCAGAGGGGGUGGAGGCUGUGUAUGGCAUGUUUGAUGGAGACAAGAAUGAGGAGCUGCCUCGCUUGCUGCAGUGCACCAUGGCCGACGUGCUCCUGGAGGAGGUACAGCAGUCAGACACCAUGUUCAUGUCCAACACCUUCUUGGUCUCCCACAGGAAGCUGGGUAUGGCUGGGCAGAAGCUGGGUUCCUCUGCUGUCCUUUGUUAUAUUCGUCAUGAUGUGGCUGAUCCAGCCAGCAACUUUUCUCUGACGGUGGCCAAUGUGGGGACGUGCCAAGCCAUUCUAUGCCGAAGUGGAAAACCACUGCCUCUCUCCAAAGUCUUCAGCCUUGAACAGUGUUCAGAAGAAGCCAAGCGAGUCAAGGAGCAAAAAGCCAUUAUAACAGAGGACAAUAAGGUCAAUGGUGUGACUUGCUGUACUCGGAUGCUGGGCUGCACGUAUUUGCAUCCUUGGAUCCUUCCCAAACCACACGUGAAUUCCAUUCCGCUGACUGUUCAAGAUGAGCUGCUACUGAUAGGGAACAAAGCUCUCUGGGAACACCUCUCGUACACGGAGGCCAUCUCGGCUGUGUGCCACCUGCACGACCCACUAGCCGCUGCGAAGAAACUCUGCACUUUAGCCCAAAGCUAUGGUUGCCAAGACAAUGUAGGUGCAAUGGUGGUGUGUCUGAACAUCAGUGAGGACAGCUGCACGUGUGAGAUGCAUGGCCUCACGCUGCCAGGUCCUGGGGGAUUUACUUCCACCACCAAGCCAGCAACACCUUCAUCCAGCAGUGGAAUUGCUUCAGAGUUCAGCAGUGAACUGUCUGCUUCUGAGGUUAGCAGUGAGGUGGGCUCUACUGCUUCAGAUGAACACAAUGCUGUUAGUCUCGAUAGUGGUUUGCUACAACGGCAAGAGCGACGUUGCAGUCUGCAUCCUGUGCCCCCCUCAAGCAUCUUCCAGCGCCAGCCUUCCAGUGCCACCUUCUCUAGCAACCAGUCUGACAAUGGUCUGGAUAGUGAUGAUGAGCAGCCUGUGGAAGGUGUGAUGACAAAUGGCAGUAAAGUGGAGGUAGAGGUGGAUAUUCACUGCUGUAAAGGAAAGGGCCUGGAGUUUGAACCUCUUGCUGCAGAGUACAGCUCCUCUGCUCCAGGGCCAGAGGAUGACUCUGGGCUUGUCCUCGUCAUUCGGAGACAGAACAGUGUAAACACUGUACAGAGAGGGGUCAGGGAGAAGUGUGAACUGCAAAAAUCUCUUUCCACGUGUUGUCUCUAUGGAAAGAAGCUUUCCAAUGGUUCCAUAGUGCCCUUGGAGGAGAGCCUCAACCUCAUCGAAGUAGCCACAGAGGCACCCAAGAAGAAGACAGGCUAUUUUGCUGCUCCAUCCCAGGUGGAGCCAGAAGAUCAAUUUGUGAUGCCACCUGACCUGGAAGAGGAAGUGAAGGAACAAAUGAAGCAGCACCAGGGGAAUGGGGCAGAUCAGGAACAGAAAGAGGAACAUGUAGUGACUGUGCCAGAGGAGUUUGACACAGCUUUGUAA